UUUAACAAUAUGACGUUAUUGUUGUAUUUUUUUCACAUGCCCCGAUGAGCUGUGCAAAACCGGUAACCCCUGCAUUCUGACCUGUUUCGUUCCAAAGCUACUCAACACAAAGGUCCGGAAAGUCAAAGCAUGAAAGUAAACAGACAUCAUGCAAUGAUGCAGCAACUUAACAUAAUUUAGAAGAUCAGAAUGCGACGGACGAUACGGGUUUUUCUAUAUUCUUUGUGGAUUUUUAUGGCGUUGAUAUGCAUCGUACUGAACAUCAUCAACAUUGAUUGGGGAAUAACAGACACAGUGAAUGGUAUAAUAAUCGUGAUAGUUCUUGGAGUUCUUCAAGGAUCUGUGCUUGAGUUUCCCGUGCAGACUAUUGCCACGUUACUAAUUGGCGGUGAACGACGUCAUAAUAAACGCGCCCCAUGUGAUCGUUUGACUGUUAUUCUCAAUUACAAUCUAUUAGCUACGGGAAAAGAUGAUAUUCUGGAAUGUAUUGAAACAAUGUAUAUGGCGUAUGUCGGAAACCUCAGUCCAAAUGUUUCGGCUGUUCUGGUAAGUGCUACUAACGACGAGGAACUGAAGGAAUAUGAACUACAGAUACGGGAUACCUAUCGUGCUAUCUUAUAUGACGACUUAUACCGAGAAGGUCUUGCGUUUGCUCGUGGGGAAUAUGAAUUGGUAGACCCGAUACAUCUUCACAAUGUCUGGGCGAUGUAUGUGGAUGUGGAUAGAAAUGUUUUCGUUACUGAUUAUCUUGAGGAUAUAUGUGACCGAUACGCCCGUGAGUUUAUGGUAGUACAUCGAGUGAGUCGAGUUCUGAGGAAAUGUGGGCAGUAUCAAGACCUUAUGCUCCUUUCUGAAGGUGAAUUUGAGGCAUAUUCGUAUUGUGACAAAUGUUGCUACGGUCGUUCCGCUCGUGAAACAGGCGAAGCGUUGUUUCACACAAGCGAAGACGUCUCCAAUAUAAUAGAAAGGAAAUUUGACUACACACUUGUAUUAGAUGCCGACACGGGCGUACCUCGGGGCGGAGUUUUUGAUAUGUUACGUAUCGCAGCCGCUCAUCCCGAGAGAGGCAUCAUUCAACCGUCAAUCAAACUUCAUUGCGGACCGGGCGACACAAUGUUUAUGCAUCUCGAGGCCAUGAGGCAGAGCAUUUAUGAACCAAUGACAAACGCGAUAACCGCUAUGUUUGAACAAUCCUCUUACUUCGGAAAAGCUUUAAUUAAAAAUAAAUUAUACAUUGACUACGUGAUUGGUUCAAAAGAUGAUCUCAUCGAAAGAGUGCCAGUUGAUGUGCUUAGUCAUGACACCUUCGAGGCAGCGCUGCUAAAGCCGCUGUAUGCUGGAAGUACUUUUCUUCUAGAAGCACCAAGCCAUAAUUAUGUUACAUGGAACAUACGUGAGCGACGAUGGAACAGGGGUGAGAUACUUCUAGCAAUGUAUUUCUGGAAGUACGCAUUCGGUAAACCUAUGCGAUGGCUACAACAGAAACUUCAGCGGUCGAAAUUCAAUAAGACCAAAGUCAGGACAGAAUCAAAACUAGACUUUGUGACCUCUUACAUAGCACAUUCGGCGCUGCGACAGAUGAUGAUGAAGCCAGCACUUCUGUUAUAUAUCGUUCUUCACAUCAGCGUCCACCUACGCUACCGAUACGCGUCAAUUAUCAUUGUCAUGUUCAGUGUACUAGUUUUCCCAAAGUUUGCUACGUGUAAUCGCGAAAAUUACAAGUUUGUGUUUUUAGAAACGAUAGCGUCCAUUCUCCAAUUCACGCCUGAAGCGCUAGUUGGCUGCGUACGUAUCUGGCGUGCACUUUACGCCAAUAUUUCAAUCAAUGCCAAAUGGGUACCUCAGAGAGCCGUGGAGGAAGAGUUCAAAAGCUCUAAUCCGUUUAUUUCAAGUUUAAAGCACUUAUGGGGUUAUUCAUUGUUUUCAAUGGUCCUAGGUGUUUUAGUUGUUAUCUUUCUUGAAAGAGCCAUUCUUGUGUUAGUUAUGCUAAUUACCACAGCGCUGUUACCCUUUUACACUGGAUUUACAUCGUUACCCAUAAAUUUCAAAUGUUGCAAGCCAAGGAGUAUAUCAAUACGAAGACUGUUCAGACGUGGUGGUAAACUCGAUAUAUCUGCACAUAUAAAUACAGUUGCCGAUCCUAAUAUGUACAGCAGCAUUGGGAACACUUCUGAGCCAACUCUUGAAUUAAGCAAAAUAGAAAAUAAUUUGUUAACGCCCAACAUGUUCACAAACUACGGAUUUGAUGAAAGAUCCGAGUUGCCAAAUAAUACAAAAACACAGAAUAAUGCGUCAUGGUCAAGGGACGUAGAAAGUAUGAUUGCAAAUUCCGAACGCUACGGGCAAAUGUUAAGUCUGUCCGCUGGAAGAAAUAGUCAUUCCAGGCGGGUUGAUGGUCGAGAAAAGCACGUGUCAGUAAUAAACGUGAAAUUUCCGAAACUAGAUGAUACAAAUGAAUCCAACGAAUAUGAUGUUAUACAUCUAUCAAGUAGUGAUGGUGCUUCUUCACUUUCGCCAACGGGAACCAAGAGCUUUAGUUCUCGAUCAUCGCUUUCCUCGAAACUUCCUAGCUUGGACAUUACUCUUGCUGAACAAGGGAGCAUUUGGUACGAAAACAACGUUACUUAUAUAAAAGUAGGUAAAAGGCAUAAAAUGAAACUAUGGGACACAUCCUCUAAAACAUAGUUUACAAUAAAUUUACACUGUAGAACAAUAUCAUGAAGAGCAUACACUCUAAGAACACAUAACUGUAUGUAUUGUAGUUCAGUAAUGGUAUUUGUGCCCUCUGUAUUUUGUAAAUGUCCUUUCUUAUCGGAACAGCUUACUGAUCAAAAUAGGAAAGGUAAAAGAUUUAAAGUUGAACACAGGGACAAGUCAUCUUAAAACAAAUAUCGAACAGCUACCAUAGAGCAUAAUCUCUAUUUUCAAACAUGUAUAUAUAUGUACCAAAGUUCAAAUAUUUCAUUAUUGUUCUUUACACGUUUCAAAUGUCCUCUCUUUUGGAAGCAUACUGAUAAAAGGGGUCGUGAUUACGAAAUGUGUUUAUUAAAACAAGGCCCAGAGCCAUAUUGGUAGUACCUAAACUGUAUUCGUGCGCUUAUGAUGUCCAUUUUAUACAGUUGAAGCCGUAUUUGUUUAAGUGUUACGUGUGAUAUUAUAUUCUAUUAUAUUCUAAUAACAGUU